GGAACAGGAACAGCGUCAGCAAGCGGUAACCCUACUUUUACUUGUUUUUCGCGGCGAGAGCAAGGGAGGUAGGUAGGUAGGCGUGAGGUAAUCGAUCCGGGGGGUAGGUCGAUGUGGGGUUUUUUUUUCACCAGCCACGACGGGGGCGGGAAGGAAGCGUACAGGACGGAGAAGAAGCGGACAGAGCCGAGGAUAGCCUCAAGGGGGGAAGGAUGGGGCCAACAACCGGUGAGCGGUGGUUAUUCGCUCAAAGAAAGAGGCUGAAGGGGAUCGAGAGAGUGGGGAGGGGAUGGCUUCCACGAGAAAUAUUUCAGAGAGGGGGGUAUUGUAAGAUGGGUAGACGUAGUCAAGGGCAAGCAGGGCAGGACAGAGCAGCCAAUGGCAGGGAGACGUUUGAGGUUGUUGCCGCCGAUGCUCCUUUCUCUGCAGAGAGGCUGAUCAAAGGUGGGUUGUAUCGGCGGGAGGCGCAGGCCGGACAGGCAGGCAGGUGGGUAUGUGGGUAUGUGGGUAUGUGGGUAUGUGGUGGUAUGUGGUGGUAUGUGGUGGUAUGUGGUGGUAUGUGGUAUAUGGUAGACAAUACAAUAUAUGACAACGACAAUCUUGAAUUCGGUCCGUUGAGGGGGGGCGGUGUGAUCUCGAAUGGGGGGUGGAGGGAAAUGCAAUGGAGGGUGUGUGGGCCGAUGCGACGCAAAACCAGAAGAAUUCGAAACUGAUUGACUUACCGGGACGCAGAGACACAGUCCACUGGCGGACGGGCAGAAAACGGGGGUGAAAGGGAAGAAGAUGGUCGUUCGCUUUGACGAUUCCAACGGGCGUCGAGGGUGGUGAAUAGGGGAGAGGAGGAGGAGAGUUUGAGAAGAGAACAGUAACUAUGGCGUAACAAGGGGAGGGCGGGAAAUAUCGGCACGCAACGUCGACUAGUAGA